UACAUUAAGUUUUCCUUAAGGACGUUUGUUGUUGCCAUAAACUUCCUUUUGGAUGUUUGAUUGUAUGAUAGGAUUCCAAAAGUUCACAUUGUUUUGCCCCUUUGCCAUUAGAAGUUCCUUUUGUUGGCAAGCUUUGCUUUUGAACGUUAUCCGCAAAAAAUCGCUGACCUUUUUCUCCCCAAUAUAUUUUUACUCAACUCAAAGUCUCUGCAUUUUCAAUUUUUAUCUGUUCUGCGGUUUAUGUUUAUCUGUCUCCUCCCCACCAAACCACCCCUUCACUUUCGCAACAGACACAAAAACACACACCGACGACCCCUCGCUGUCGGAUCAGAAGUCAGCUAAAGAUUCAACGGCAGUCAUGGCCCAGCUGACUCACGGCGCCGCGGCCCUUCGGAACGCCCUUUCCGCCGCCUUAAUCCCCGCCCGCCACCUCGCCACCGCCUCCACCUCCCCAAUCGUCGUCGAGACCUCCCUCCCCUUUACCGCGCACAAGAUCGAGCCCCCCUCCCGCUCCGUCGAGACCACACCCCAAGAGCUCCUCACCUUCUUCCGCGAUAUGGCUCUCAUGCGCCGCAUGGAGAUAGCCGCCGAUUCUCUCUACAAGGCGAAGCUCAUCCGCGGUUUCUGUCACCUGUACGACGGCCAGGAGGCCGUCUCCGUGGGUAUGGAGGCGGCAAUUACGAGAAAGGACUGCAUAAUCACCGCGUACCGCGACCACUGCAUCUUCCUGGGCCGUGGAGGCACGCUCCUGGAGGCGUUCGCGGAGCUCAUGGGGAGAAAGGAUGGGUGCUCGAAGGGGAAAGGUGGGUCGAUGCAUUUUUACAAGAAGGAAGGAGGGUUUUACGGAGGGCACGGGAUUGUUGGGGCUCAGGUCCCCUUGGGGUGCGGGCUGGCCUUUGGGCAAAAGUACAGCAAAGAUGAGAACGUGAGUUUCGUGUUGUAUGGAGAUGGAGCCGCCAACCAGGGGCAGCUGUUUGAGGCGCUGAAUAUGGCAGCCCUUUGGGAUUUGCCGGCUAUUUUGGUCUGCGAGAAUAAUCACUAUGGAAUGGGCACGGCAGAAUGGAGGGCGGCCAAGAGUCCAGCUUAUUACAAGAGAGGUGAUUAUGUUCCAGGGUUGAAGGUGGAUGGUAUGGAUGUCCUUGCCGUGAAACAAGCAUGCAAGUUUGCAAAGGAGUACGCCUUAAAGAAUGGACCCAUUAUCCUUGAAAUGGAUACUUACAGGUACCAUGGACACUCCAUGUCUGAUCCUGGAAGCACAUAUCGUACACGUGAUGAAAUUAGCGGUAUCAGACAGGAGCGUGAUCCAAUUGAGAGAAUCAGAAAGCUGAUACUACAUCAUGAUCUAGCUACUGAAAAAGAACUAAAGGACACUGAGAAAGAAAUAAGAAAAGAGGUAGAUGAUGCUAUUGCAAAAGCUAAGGAGAGUCCUUUCCCUGAUUCGUCACAACUUUUUACAAACAUAUAUGUCAAAGGCUUGGGAGCUGAGUCAUUUGGUGCUGACCGAAAAGAGUUGAGAACUGUGCUUCCAUAAGUCGAGAAAAUCAAGAAUCCAGUUUUCAAACAAACACUCGGUUAAGACUAAUAAGAGUUGCUGCCAAACGCUUCCUCAGUUUUGAUAUUGCUCUUUUUUUACCCUUUCCUCCAUUUGCGGACGUAAAAUCGAAUUAAAUUCCCUUUUGGCUGUUGCUUUUAUUUCUGUACAUAUCUGCAGAGCAGGUCACAAUGCGUUUUUGGCAGCUGAACACAAAAUGUUAAAAUGAAUUUGGAGUAGGUUGUGAUUGGUCUUGUACUUUAUGAAGGUAUUGGUUUAUUCAGAUUGAAAAGGAUGAAAGGUUUUAGAUUACAUGUCACUGGCCAGAUUGUAAAAAUUUGUCUACACUCCAUUUGGUCUCUUUUGCACUGAAUUUAAUUAUUUUUAUCAAUUGACCAAUAUUCACGUACAAAAACGUGAUGUUGAAAACAAGGCCAAUGCUUUAGACUAGCAAUAGCAGACGUGACAUUGUAACUAAAAUAUGGACAUUAUUGAUGCCAGGGUUGCAUACGAUCGGUCCGG